AUGGUACUCACUCGCACAAUGCGGAAGCAACUAGCAGCCACUCAGGCUGCAAACAUGGAAACGACAGUCAGUAAUGAGACGUUGUUAACGCAUUCAAGGCGUUCGCAUAUUGCGCAAUUUGGAAGCGGCCCGCAGCCAAUGGCCAGAGAGGGCACCGCCGUCCAUAACAAUGCGGCUGAAGGCUCCGCCAACAUCCAUACCAAUGCCUUCAGCACCAGCACAGGCAGUGACGGCACACUUUCAGACAACAUUAUUACAGAGGAUCGGUCCUCCUCGACAGGAUCGACGUCCUCCAACACACAGACAGCGCAAGCUGCACAUGUCGUCGAAAAGAAACGUAAACGAAAUGCCGGGGUCCUUGAUAGCCAGCCACAGGCCUCGGGAUCUUCCACCGAAAGUCUGCAAAAUUCUUGUGAAGACAUUCCGAAUGCCUCCCUCGCACCUCCUCCCAGGCCGAAAGCUCACAGGAGACGCGGGUAUGGGUGGACCCGCAGAAAAACUAGAAGGGCAACUACUCAAGGUCGUGCUGUCCGGGUAGGCGGCAAGCGCCCAGUCGAGGGUGUCGAUGGCGAAGAGGACGAGGCAAGGCAAAUGAAGAGGCGGCGUAUUUGUGAGGACGCCGUUGCGGGGCCAUCCAACGCACGUUUAAUUUCGUUAGACAACACGAUUGGUGCGACCAACGUCCGUCAGCUGCGAUCGCGCAGCAUCGUCUUCCCCGAUGGUCCCGCAAACUCGGGAAGCGACGAGGGAAACAGGACGACGAGGUCGCCAUCUCCAGAUCGUGCAUCAGAACGACCGACUUUAGAGGAUACACUAGAAAAUGAGGUAGACUUCACUCUCAUAAAAACAGAACGAUGA